AUGGGCUUCGGAAUUUGGAGUGACAGCAAGCCAUCUCCAGGAAAGCUUUUCCGAGAAGGAUAUUGGAAUUGGACCAUACUCGCAAUCUUACGGAUUGCUUUCGCCCAGAACGAUGUCUGCUUUCAAAAUUCGACUCUUUUAGACUGCCGAGGUGCAAGUAUUACAGUGCCAUACUGUCUGCAAUGCACCGAUUGUUUCCUCAGAUGUGGAGGUCCCAAUGUUCACGUCCCAUGGUGUUAUCCAUGUGAGGACGAAUGUGUUACCCCACCCACCAAUACCAACCCACAGUUCUUAGGAGAGGACGGAAAACCAUUUGUUGUGAACAUAUCGGAACUGAAUGGCCUUGAAGCUGAAUCUGAGGGAAGGGAGGUGGAUUGGGCUGGAAAUGUGAAAUGGAAUUACGUUCCAAAGAUCACGGAGUCUCUAGAGGCAGCGCUGUGCUGGGGCUUUAAAGAUAGUUUUUUUGGAAAUAUGACGUAUCAAUGCGUGAUAAUUCAAAGAUGA